AUGGAUAAUGGCAGCACAGCCGCAAAGCAUGAUGUACAGACCCCAAUGCAGAGUUGGGAAGAAAGCUACUCACAAGCAUUCAACACGAUCUGUGAGCAGUUCUGGCAGAGCUCGAGGAGACAGUGGCAGCUUGCAAUGUCAGCUCCAGUGACCCAGACGGAUCGCAGAGUAGCCACCCGGAAACCCCCUCCAAGACAGAGACCCAAGCGGAUCCAGCAGGCUGCACGAGGUCUGAGUACUUGUGAAGACCAUCACUCCAUAAAAACUCACACACAUUACCUGCCUGAAGAGGUCAGAGCCAGUGACCAUGGAUGCUGUAAGGCAGAGGCAAUGCAUGGUGUCAAGGGAGACCUCAGUCACCCUUUACAUCUGCUUGGACUCUGCCUGUAUGCUAAGGGUAUAAGCUGA